AUGACUUCGUCGGGCUUCCGCCUCGCCUUCCUUCCCAAUCCGCCGCUGCCGCUUCCCCGCGUCUCGGGCCCUAAACUGGCACCUUUAACCCCAACUGCCCGCGCCGAUAUCGAUUUCGUCCAGUUCCUCGGCCGGGGGAACGAUGUAGAGUCUCAAGUGUGGAAGGCCAAGAUCAACGGAGCUGGCUUCUUUGUACUCAAGAUGUUUUACUUCCGCUACUCGGACUACUAUGUUAGGAAUUAUACCCGGGAUCUUGCCCUGCCGCUCGCCGACCUACAGCUCUAUAUCGACUACUUUAAGCCGUUCAAUUAUGAGUGCCGUGUAUAUGGUCGUCUUAAGGAGGAGAAGCGCGAGGAGUUGGCCGUCAAGGCCUUAGGCUAUCUUCUUCUUACCCCACAUCAAGAGGCCCAUUUGGCCUGGAAGGUGACGGGUGAAUCUAGUGAUCUUCCCAGUGCCGACAUCGGCGAGUUAGAUGGCGAUAAUUUCUGGGGGCGGUAUGAGCAGCACUGCUCACUGCCCGUUCGCGCCAUCGUCAAGGAACUCGUAUCCCCGAAAUUGCCUACUUCCGACGAAGUUCAGGGCAUGUGGGCGGACCUACAAGCCCUCCACUCGCUGGGCAUUUUCGUGGGAGAUACGUACGGCGGUAACUACCUAGGCGGGAAGCUCGUCGACUUCAGCCGCGUGUGGACUAUGUACCAUCCGGCUUUGAUCCAGACCUACGGCAAUCGAUGGGAGGAAUGGAUAUUAGAAGAGCUACAGAAACUACAGGACAACUGCUAUAAUGUAAUCAACAGUUUACCGUCAGAAAACAUCGACAGCUUUGAAGACCUCGACGCGUUCGGCGUGGGGCACAUUGCCGACUACAUCUCCAAAAUUCUCCCGAGCGCCUAUAACUGGCUCAAGUGGGAAAAGGACGCCGACGCGGCACACGCGUUUGUGGAACAAAGCCUAUUCAAGAGGGCUUGA